CUCAUAACGUCAACACCACGCAUUUAUUAUUAGGCCACGUUAAGGUCAGGCACAAACACCACAUCAGGCCUCAGCAGCAGACGUGAUGCCUCGUCUCCACAUCUGCUGCUUCGCUCCAGUUUGUUCCAGACAUGAAGUAAUUAUAAAACCAUAACGACAGCACACACACCAAGAAAAACCUCCCAGCAUCCUGUUGUCACAGAGAUCGUGUCUCUAAAUGCUCCUCCGUUCAUUUCUUCACCUGCUUUUGAGAGUUCGGAGGUUCGUUAUCAGCAUCAACAACGAUAAGCUGCCUCAUAUUUUGGUGGAAUCCACCUUGACACAAUACAGAACGACCUUCUACUGAGGUAAGGUUGAUGAGACAAUAGCACAAUAAUCAUAAUAAUGCAAAAGUCAGACCCGCCAUCAGUUUUUUUAACAAAGCAGAUGAGACCUGUCUUUAAGUAAAAGCCCUAUUUCCGAUGCAUAAAGCCAACAAAUAAUAUUAAAGGCAGAUUCAUUGAAGGAGUAGUCUAAGAAAACAGGCACCUAUUCUGACAGGCAGGAAGCUUCUUUUACAGAAGUGGAAAGCUUCUCUGUGACUGAGCUCAUUGUGUGGUUUCUUUAUUUUUGGAUGUGAUGUUUGUCAAUCAGAGAACCACCGAUACUGCAGUCGUCACUGCUGCAUUUUACAAAUUGAUAUUUUGUAAAAUGGAAAAAAAAACCUUUACUGUGAAUUGGACCAAAGUAAUAAAAACCAAUAAAUUAAGACAUCUGGUGUGUGUGUCCUGUAAUAAAUGCAGGACCGCCUCACUCUAAUCAAGCUGAUUAAAAAUUCCUGCGCGCACAGCCGGAAAUCGCACCACCGUUCCCCUCUGUGUGUGCGCGCGUGCGCGCGCGCGCGCCCGGCUCGUCCCUCUGUCCACUUUCUGCGUCUCCGCCUGGACUUUUUUGGCCCGAGACGCAGAGGAAUCAUGUGUUUUCCUCUAACGGGGGGAUUAUUUCUCUCCCAGUCCGUCUCGAUCGCACACUCUCCACCCCACAACACACGCACGCAGCGUCCUCCACCUUCUUUCUCCUAUUUUUCUUUUUUUUUUUACCUAAAUUCUUCCUACCCCCUUUCAUCUUCCACGCCAUUCGCAACGCGGAGGAGAAAGGGAAAGCACAGGCGGCGGCAGCAGCAGCGAGGACAGGGGAGAGGGGGGAGUGAUGAGUCAAUACAACUAAUAAUUUAAUGGGGACAGAGAGGGAGAGACGGAGUGAGAGGAGAGAGGAGGGGACGAGGGGGGAGCGGCAGAGAGGGAGAUAGAAAGAAAGAGGAGCUCCGUCCGGACGCCGAUCCCCACCAACAGGACACCUCCUACUAUUACUAUCGCAGGCGGCUCUGCGUCCACAGCAACGCGCAUUUAUGCUCGACAGACAGCGGAAAGUGAGGCGCACUUUUUGACCCCCUCCUCCUUGUUUUAUUUGGCGAACCUGUUCCGACUGUCCGCCUCUCGUCUCCUCGUCGCCUCCGUCGCGGCAGCAGGAUCUCCCCGCCGCUUGUGAUCAUGAUGAUUAUUCUUCCUCUCUCUCGGCCACUCGGUCUGUGCCGCGCCGUCAAAUGCAGCUCAACCCGACGCUAAGCCGGUUUUUUUCCGCGCGCGAGUCCCUUCGCGAGCGAGCGAGGCUUUAUUAGGUCUCGGCGGCGGUUCUGCUUAUUACAACUGUGUCCGAGGUGCCGUGGCUGGUUCCGGCCGCCGCCGCUGACGGUGCUGGCCGCCGAUGAAGCGGUUCGGAUGCGGCGCCGCGAACUAAAGCAGAAGUCGCCUUCACUUGUGACCGAAGGACGCGGCGAAUGUCGCCGGCUGUGACGCGUGCGGUUGUGGCGUUUUUCCUCCAGCUGGACGGCGUGAGCUAACGUUAGGGCUGCGCGGACCCACGCACGCACGCACGCACGCACGCACGCGCACACAGCCGCUCGCCAAUGUUCGCCUAUCACGGUCCAUCUCGACCUCGUCUCUCGCGCGGAGCCGCCGCCGCGUUGUUGUUCGCUCGCAGCGCCUCCGCGACGCGGAGCGCGAGGACGCGUCCGUUUUAACGCCGCUGCUUUUUUUCCACCCUCCGCCUGCGAGAAUUUGUUUGUUGACUUGCUGUCAUGCACGCGUAGACGUACACGCAGAGAGAGCGGCGGAGAGGAACCGGGAGGCAGGAGUUUUUCCGGGCUUCUCUCCUUUGCACAAAGCUUUUCUACACUGGCCAAACUUGAAGAAGACGCGUCCUCCAGGCGGUGUUUUAUGCUCCUCGGUGCCGAAGUGCUGCGUCUCAGGUGAUAGUGAGCAGAGGUGCUGAGAAUGAUGGAACAUCUCAGCGAGGCGUGUUUGGCCAAGGACAGCGCGGAGCUGGUCAGCAGCAUGGCCGAGGCCAAGGCGCCGCCGGCCAAGCUGCCCCGGCUGGAGCAGAACGGCAGCCCCCUGGGCCGGGCCCGGCUGGGCAGCACCGGGGCCAAGCUGAGCGGGAUCCCGUACAAGCCGGCCGGACACCUGAUGAAGACCUGCCACAAGAAAGGCAACAUGCUGCCCGUGUUCUGCGUGGUCGAGCACUACGAGAAUCCCAUGGACUUCGACAGCAAAGAGGAGCACGCCGAGUUCGUCCUUGUGCGUAAGGACAUGCUCUUCAACCAGCUCAUCGAGAUGGCCCUGCUGUCACUGGGCUACUCGCACAGCUCGGCGGCUCAGGCCAAAGGCAUGAUUCAGGUGGGGAAGUGGAACCCCGUCCCGUUGUCAUACGUGACAGACGCACCGGACGCCACCGUGGCCGACAUGCUGCAGGACGUCUACCACGUGGUCACGCUUAAGAUCCAGCUGCACAGUUGUCCUAAGCUGGAGGACCUGCCGCCCGAGCAAUGGAGCCACUCUACAGUAAGAAACGCCCUCAAGGAGUUACUCAAAGACAUGAAUCAGAGCUCUCUGGCUAAAGAAUGUCCCUUAUCACAGAGUAUGAUUUCCUCCAUUGUGAACAGCACUUACUAUGCAAAUGUGUCGGCGGCGAAGUGUCAGGAAUUUGGGCGCUGGUAUAAACAUUUCAAGAAGACAAAAGAUAUGAUGGGCAUGCGCCAGCCCUCACAGCUGGAGGGCUACCUAGGGACGUGUGUCCUCCGUGAGAGCCCGCGCGCCAACGCGCUAGAGAUGGACGGCCUCUCUGACCUCUCCCCACCUGGCUCCAAUCACAGCCACAACCACCUGGGCUUCUCCCAGCAGCAGCAGCAGCCCAUCCCCGGCAGCACGGCGGAGCAGACGCCCUCCUCGCCCGUGCCGCCCCUUCCCCACGCUCCGCCGCCGCACGGCGGCCAGGCGGGGGGGCGGCAGCCGCAGCUCCCCGGCCUGCACCACCCGGGCCUGGUGUCCACGCCCAUCAGCCCCCAGCUGGUCAACCAGCAGCUCGUGAUGGCGCAGAUCCUCAACCAGCAGUACGCCGUGAACCGGCUGCUGGCGCAGCAGUCCCUGUCGCAGCAGUACCUCAACCACCCCCCUGUGAACCGCAGCUCCCACAACAAGCCCCUGGAGCCGCAGGUGGCGUCCAACACAGAGGUGUCCUCUGAGAUCUACCAGUGGGUGAGGGACGAGCUGAAGCGGGCCGGGAUCUCACAGGCCGUGUUUGCCCGCGUGGCCUUCAACAGAACCCAGGGCUUACUCUCCGAGAUCCUCCGCAAAGAGGAGGACCCCAAGACCGCGUCCCAGUCGCUGCUGGUCAACCUGCGCGCCAUGCAGAACUUCCUGCAGCUGCCGGAGGCCGAGCGCGACCGCAUCUACCAGGAGGAGCGGGAGCGCAGCCUGACGGCCGCCUCCGCCAUGGGCUCCACCCCGCUCAUCAGCACUCCAGCCAGCCGCCCCGUGCAGCCCCGGAGGGAAGACUGCAACAGCGUGAGGCCCGAAGACUGGAAUCCCCGGAUCCCUGUGGGCAUUUCCCCUGUGAAACCGUCACCUCUGCCAAGCGAGUGGAACGGAAAAACGGAGAGCUGCAUUCUCAACAUCAACUCCACCAUCUAUGACGAGAUUCAGCAGGAGAUGAAGAGGGCCAAGGUGUCCCAGGCUCUGUUCGCUAAGGUGGCUGCCUCCAAGAGCCAGGGCUGGCUCUGUGAGCUGCUGCGUUGGAAGGAGGAUCCCACGCCAGAGAAUCGGACGCUCUGGGAGAACCUGUCCAUGAUCCGCCGCUUCCUGAGCCUCUCCCAGGUGGAACGCGACGCCAUCUACGAGCAGGAGAGCAGCGCCGGGCAGCAGCACCACAACGAGCGGCCGUCGCACCUGCUGCACGUGUCCUCCGACCAGGCUCAGACAGCCCAGUCGCAGCAGCACCAGCCCUCCCUGUCCCUCCAGCACCCCUCACAGCCCCUUUUGUCCCAGCAGCCCUUGCAGCAGCAGCAGCCCACCACCGGCCCCCGGUUGCCGCCCCGCCAGCCCUCCACCGCCUCCCCGGCCGAGGCCGAGGACGAGGGCGGCCGCGGCGGCAGCAUCAAGUCGCGCACGGGCGGAGGCAAGAUCUCCCUGGAGGCUCUGGGGAUCCUGCAGAGCUUCAUCCAGGACGUGGGCCUGUACCCCGACGAGGAGGCCAUCCACACCCUGUCGGCCCAGCUGGACCUGCCCAAGCUCACCAUCAUCAAGUUCUUCCAGAACCAGCGCUUCUACAUCAACCAUCCAGCCAAGGCGCCCAAGGACCCCGGCAACAACAACAACAGCAACAGCUGCAGCAGCGCCAUAGUCGCCACCAACACCAGCAGCAGCAGCAGCAGCAGCCCGGUCUUCGAGGAGGAGCUGACGGACUUCAGGGAGAGCGGGGAGCUGCUGAAGGAGCUGGACGAGAGCACGCAGACCAACAACACCAUCUUCUCCAUCAAGAUCGAGGAGCAGCUGGGCAGAGGCGCCGAGACGCAGUCGGAGUCGGAGCACGAGGCCAAGGACUAGGACUCUCGCCCUGUAAAACACGUUUCCUUGUGCACACACAGACUGAUGACUGUGCUAAAUGUGACGCUUUGGCCACACAGAACCACCGCACUGCAAAUAAAGACAAAUAGUGUUUUUAAUCAGUACAGCCUCUGGACUGUGUGAGGAGUGUUUAUUAAUACACCCCUGCAGACGGACAGGCUGUGAAGUCAGAGUCACACACUGGAGAGGCCGCUUCAGACUCAGACAACUUUUUGGAUUUUGUAAAACUUGUAUUAUUCACUGUAAAGACUGACGCAUCGUUUAAAUAACCUGCACAAAAAAUGAUUCUAAGUAUGUUGCCGUGGAUAUUUGCUGACUGCACUCUAUGUCCGUUGUUUUACACUGACUUCCUUUAUCUUUUUUGAGCUACUGAUACUAUUUAAAAAGAGAAAAAAAGUCCCCCUGGAGUUUGCUAGGAUUUUCAUAGGUGUUUACGUAUGUAAUGUUUAACUGGAUUUUUAAAAAAAAUAGCAAAUGAAAUCAAGGACCAAGUGGUUGACAAGGCCUUAAUCAUGAGGUAUUAAGUCUGGAGCCUGCUGGCAGAUUAGUUAUUGUUUUUAAAAGCGCAUAAUGUGAUUAUGGAUCACUCUAAACUCUGGAACGCGAUCACCCGGCCCAGGUGCAUCUUCGAGAACAGCUCAGUCUUUACGUAUUAUUUCUUAGGGAGGAAAUAUAAAUAUAUAUAAAUAUAAAUAUAUAUAUAAAAAUAUACAGACAUAUAUUGUAACUGUAAAAAUACAGUCUUAAGAAACUAUGCCAACAAAUGCCUUGUACUAUACGGCACUGCCGAUGUUAGAUUAUUUUGCAAAACCUUUGUCACUGUAACUUUCUGAAUUGCCACACAGUUAGAAAUGUGAAUUACACCACGUUUAUCUUGUCUGACAUUUAUUUAUUUGCAAUUCAUGCAGUGUUUCUGAUGUAAUAACGUUUUGGUUUCAAGCCGUUUAUGUUACGUAGCGCUUUUUAAAAAAAAGAAAAUCCCACCAACCUUUUUUCUAUUUAUAAAUGUGAUUUCGAUGGGCAGUAAAAACAAAAAGUGUCUUAAACGUUUUAAAUGGAGAAAUGUGCUUUAAGGUUGCCUAUAAAAAGUGCUGUAUGUCGAGCAACUCAUGCUACAAGCUUCACGAUUAAUGUUGUAUGCAAUUUUUACUAUCAUGCAAAUAAGCUUAGGUAAAACGACUAACCUAUAGAACACCUUAGAGAGAAAACAUAUGCAAUCUGUGUGAAAAUCGAUGUCUGCGAUGUGUCUUCCUUUGGUUAACAAUCCAAUUCAAAAAGCUAUUCCUGUAUAAAUAUUCUGUAUAAAAGUGUUUCUUUUUUAUUUCAAUGAGAACAACAGUUAUUUUGUUACGACUGACUGUUUUAUAAGUGUUUCUCGGUUCCUUUCAGCAGAAAUGUUCUAACUAGAAGUGGUUAUUGAUUGUUAAUUACACAAUUAAACUGUUUGUAUUGUACCACAGAUUUCUUGGCAUUAACUUGACGAGACUCUUUUGAUACCAGAGGUAUUUUUUCCUCCUCUGGAAACAAAAGAAGAAACUAUGUAAAUUGUUUUAAAGACUACUGCUAAGAGAUAUCAGCUCCACUUACUGGAUCGUUUAGCUGCAUCCACUCUUAUUUGUAAUAACUGUAAAUAUCACAUCUUAUGAAUGACUGGUUGUUUAUUAUUGUAAAUACAUUUGAAGUUGUGCAAAAGUUCACCAUACAAAUUGAAAUCCACGUUCUGUUGUGCCUCUUCCUCUCGAACCGACUGUACCUGGGCUCCUUUACUGCAUUUUCACUUCUACUGCUGAGUGUAUCUGAAGCACCUCUGAAAUCUGAAAUAAAUAAAUGUUAGGUGUGAACAUGUGUAAUAACGAAGCCCUCUGCAGGGACCUGGGGUGUAAAGCAGCGCAGGUGUCCUGACCUCGCUGUGAACCCGGGUGAGGUGUGUGCCAGCCUGCCUGGCAUUUCCUUAUUACCUUUAGUUUUUUUGUUUUUGUUUUCAUGAAUAAAAAGUCAGAGUGCAA